UUUCCAUGAUUUGAAGUUCAGGCCCGUCUGUGGUGUCAUAAGGCGAAUAUAUUCCGCUUUUCUAUUUUCACUAAUCUGUUUGCACAUCAAAAUAUUAAUUGGGUAUUCAAUUAAUGACCUGCUGCUAGAUGCCUACAACAGUGCUCGCUCGGUUUCAUAUACAUUCCACAUAGGUUCUGGUUCGGUCUCGUUUCAACUUAGGUUACAGAUUCCCUGGCCAACGCAGUCCUGAUGGCGCACAACUAUGAGGUCGGAACGAGGGCCUGGCAGCCUGAUCCGACUGAAGGAUGGGUAGCAUCCGAGGUCAAAGAGAAGCUUGUUGAUGGUGACAAAGUGCAGCUUGUUUUUAUACUGGAAAAUGGGGAGACAAAAUCUUUGGAGACCACGCAAGCAGAGUUACAGGUGGAUAACAAUCCUAAGCUACCUCCGUUAAUGAACCCCGCUAUGUUGGAGGCCAGCGAAGACCUGACGAAUCUAUCCCAUUUGAAUGAGCCAGCUGUCUUACAGGCUAUCAAACUACGGUAUGCGCAAAAGGAAAUUUAUACUUAUAGUGGCAUUGUUUUAAUCGCCACUAAUCCUUUCGCUCGAGUGGAUUCGCUAUAUGUUCCUCAGAUGGUGCAAGUUUACGCCGGCAAACAACGUGCUUCACAAGCGCCUCAUCUAUUCGCCAUCGCCGAAGAGGCAUUUGCUGACAUGUUGCGAGAUGCUAAAAAUCAGACAAUUGUGGUUUCUGGAGAAUCUGGUGCUGGAAAGACAGUUAGCGCCAAGUACAUUAUGCGAUAUUUCGCAACUCGCGAAUCCUCGGACCAACCCGGGAAAUACACCACGAGUAGGGCAGAUGCUAUUAGUGAGACUGAGGAGCAGAUCUUGGCUACAAAUCCCGUUAUGGAAGCCUUCGGAAACGCCAAAACAACGCGCAACGAUAACUCUUCGCGAUUCGGGAAGUACAUUGAGAUAAUGUUCGAUGAUAGGACCAAUAUCAUCGGUGCAAAGAUCAGGACGUACCUUUUAGAGAGAUCCCGUUUAGUAUUUCAACCUCUCAAAGAACGCAACUAUCAUAUCUUUUAUCAGCUUGUAGCUGGUGCAACUGACGCAGAAAAGCAAGAGCUUGGUCUUGCGUCGGUUGAGGACUUCGACUAUCUCAACCAAGGCGGGACGCCGACUAUCGAUGGUGUGGAUGACAAGGCGGAAUUCAAUGCGACAAGGAAAUCCCUAGGUACUAUCGGUGUGUCAGAAGAUACGCAGGCCGAAAUCUUUCGCAUCCUUGCAGCUCUCCUGCACCUAGGCAAUGUUAAAAUUACCGCCACUCGAACCGAUUCUUCCUUAUCUCCCUCUGAGCCCUCCCUUGCCAGGGCCUGCAGCAUGCUGGGCAUUGACGUCAAUGAGUUUGCGAAAUGGAUAGUCAAGAAGCAACUUGUAACAAGAGGGGAGAAAAUUACAUCUAACUUGACACAACAACAGGCGACAGUUGUCCGUGAUUCGGUAGCAAAGUUUAUAUAUUCAAGUCUCUUUGAUUGGCUCGUCGACAAAAUUAAUCGCGGUCUAGCAUCCGAUGAAGUUCUGACCAGAUUCAAAUCUUUCAUCGGUGUCCUGGAUAUAUAUGGGUUCGAGCACUUUGCCAAAAAUUCGUUCGAACAGUUUUGCAUCAACUACGCUAAUGAGAAGCUGCAGCAAGAGUUCAAUCAACACGUGUUCAAAUUGGAACAAGAAGAAUAUGUUCGAGAGCAAAUUGACUGGACCUUCAUUGAUUUCUCAGACAAUCAACCAUGCAUUGAUCUAAUUGAGGCAAAACUGGGGAUCUUAUCCCUUUUAGAUGAGGAAUCUCGGCUGCCGAUGGGUUCUGAUGAACAGUUUGUGACAAAACUGCAUCAUAAUUUUGCAGCGGACAAGCAAAAAUUCUACAAAAAGCCUCGGUUCGGAAAGUCGGCGUUCACCAUAUGUCACUAUGCUGUGGACGUAACUUACGAAUCAGAUGGUUUUAUAGAGAAGAAUAGGGAUACUGUCCCGGAUGAACACAUGGAUGUUUUACGCAACUCCUCAAAUCAAUUCGUGAAAGAUAUAUUAGAUACGGCCGCUGCCGUCCGCGAAAAAGACUCUGCAUCCAUCUCCUCUAAACCAGUCGCUGCACCAGGCCGUAAAAUUGGCGUUGCCGUCAACCGCAAACCUACACUUGGAGGGAUCUUCAAAUCAUCGCUGAUUGAGCUCAUGAACACCAUAAAUUCUACGGAUGUGCACUAUAUACGUUGUAUCAAGCCUAAUGAAGCGAAGGAAGCUUGGAAGUUUGAAGGUCCCAUGGUCCUCAGUCAAUUGAGAGCUUGUGGUGUGCUCGAAACGGUCCGUAUCAGCACUGCUGGAUAUCCUACUCGCUGGACUUACGAAGAAUUUGCGAUACGCUACUAUAUGCUGUGUCAUUCAUCGCAGUGGACGUCUGAAAUCCGAGAAAUGUGCCACGCAAUCCUACAAAAAGCCUUAGUAGAUGGCAGCAACCAAAAACAAGAUAAAUACCAGCUUGGUUUGACUAAGAUAUUCUUCCGGGCAGCCUUGAUCAGGGGGUUUUUAGCAAGGCAGCAUGCGGCCGAGGUGCGCAAGGUCAAAGCUGCAACUUCUAUUCAACGGGUGUGGCGAGGACACAAGGAAAGGAAAAAGUAUAACAUCAUCCGUGCCAACUUCAUAUUGUUUCAAUCGGUUGCGAAGGGCUUCCUCUGCCGGCAAAAUAUAAUGGAUACGAUACAUGGAAACGCUGCCAAAGUUAUACAACGUGCCUUCCGCUCGUGGCGUCAAUUACGAGCUUGGCGGCAGUAUCGCCGAAAUGUGGUCACUGUGCAGAACCUUUGGAGAGGCAAGCAAGCGAGGAGACAAUACAAAAAGCUCCGUGAAGAUGCAAGGGACCUGAAGCAGAUCUCUUACAAGCUGGAGAAUAAAGUGGUAGAGUUGACUCAGUACCUCGAGUCUCUUAAACGUGAAAAUAAGUCAUUGAAUCUGCAGUUAGAAAACUAUGAAACUCAGUUGAAGUCAUGGAGGAGUCGUCACAAUGCUCUGGAGAAUCGCUCUAGAGAACUUCAGGCUGAGGCAAACCAAGCAGGAAUCAACGCUGCUCGGCUGUCUGCUAUGGAAGAAGAAAUGAGUCGAUUGCAGCAAAAUCACAGCGAAGCGCAAACGACAAUUAAGCGGCUGCAGGAGGAAGAAAGAGUGUCACGGGAAUCCAUUCGUUCUGCAAAUGAGGAGCUGCAGCGGCUUAAACAAAUGAACACCGAGUCGGAUGAUGAGAAAGCUUCCCUCCGUCAACAGAUCGCUGACCUUGAAGAGCAGCUAGAGCUUGCGAAGAGGACCUUACCUAGCGGGGGCUUGAACGGCGAUCAAUCAAACGGCAGCGCCAUCCCACCACCUGCCAGUGGAUUGAUUAAUCUAGUGUCCUCAAAGAAGGCAAAGCCAAAAAGACGCAGCGCCGGUGCAGAGAGGAUAGACACAGAUCGUUUUAGCGGUGCUUACAACCCACGCCCAGUCUCCAUGGCUGUUCCUAGCUCCUUAAUGCGUCAAAACCUAUCAGGGAGCACUUUGUCACCUGGACUGGACUCUGUCGAGGUGGAGCUUGAAAAUUUACUUUCUGAAGAGGAUGAACUCAACGAGGAGGUCACUAUGGGUUUGAUACGCAAUCUAAAGAUUCCGCUCCCUAGUUCUACUCCACCGCCAACCGAAAAAGAAGUCCUAUUUCCUGCUUAUUUGAUAAACCUUGUCACUUCUGAAAUGUGGAACAACGGCUUCGUGAAGGAAUCUGAACGGUUUCUGGCGAAUGUGAUGCAGUCGAUUCAACAAGAGGUCAUGCAACAUGAUGGAGACGAUGCUAUAAACCCCGGGGCCUUUUGGCUAUCUAAUGUGCAUGAAAUGCUUUCUUUCGUGUUCCUGGCUGAGGAUUGGUAUGAAGCACAAAAAACUGACAAUUACGAGUACGACCGGCUGCUGGAGAUUGUAAAGCACGAUUUGGAAAGCCUCGAGUUCAACAUUUAUCAUACCUGGAUGAAAGUGUUGAAAAAGAAGCUUUAUAAAAUGAUCGUUCCUGCGAUCAUCGAGUCCCAAUCACUUCCUGGCUUUGUUACAAGUGAAACCAAUCGUUUUCUUGGGAAGCUUCUUCCUUCCAACAACAACCCAGCUUACAGUAUGGACAAUCUUCUUAGCCUUCUGAACAAUGUCUACAAGGCAAUGAAAGCUUUUUACCUCGAGGAUUCGAUCGUUACUCAGACUGUCACCGAACUUCUUCGUUUGGUUGGCGUCACCGCUUUCAAUGACCUUCUCAUGAGGAGGAAUUUCUUGUCCUGGAAGCGUGGCCUCCAAAUAAAUUACAAUAUAACUCGUAUUGAGGAAUGGUGUAAAAGCCAUGAUAUGCCGGAAGGGACGUUGCAGCUUGAGCACUUGAUGCAAGCGACCAAACUUCUUCAGUUAAAAAAGGCCACACUAAACGACAUUGAGAUUAUCCAAGAUAUCUGUUGGAUGCUUUCCCCGAAUCAAAUUCAGAAGCUCCUGAAUCAAUACUUAGUGGCGGAUUAUGAGCAGCCGAUUAAUGGCGAAAUCAUGAAAGCUGUGGCCUCGCGUGUCACGGAGAAGAGCGAUGUGUUGCUUCUGACGCCUGUGGAUAUGGAGGAUAGUGGUCCAUACGAGAUUGCCGAACCUCGUGUUAUCACGGCCCUAGAGACAUACACACCGUCAUGGCUGCAAACACCGCGGCUAAAACGUCUUGCUGAGAUUGUCUCAGCUCAGGCGAUGGCUCAGCAAGAGAGGCUUGAAAUGGCGGAUAUAGCAUGAUGUCUUUCAUACUUCACUGUAGUACGAAGGUAGGCCAACUGCCAAUGCUGUCUGGUCGAGUAGGAACAAACCUCUACUGAGUAUACUGCUUAGAAGGAGUCGUCUUGUCGUCAUUUCCUAGAGUUACGGAUCAUGAUGAGAUUAUGCAUUUCUUUUACCUUUGAACAGCGUGUCCUUAUUCUGUAUUUUUGGGGGGCCGGGGGUAUUAGGCCACACCUGUAUGUUGUCUUGGAUUCUCUAUUCAGAUUUUUCUUUUUAUUCGAGUCUCACUUGUGGAUACGAAUUUGAGCACGAGGUCCAUCUGCCUCAC